AUGCCAAGCGGGUGCCAAGUGCCAAGGCGCCAAGACACUAAGAUACUGAACAAGAACAAGUGCCCCUCGCUCGCUCUCGACAAGGACCUUCGAUCUGAACGCUCGACCACCGUCCGCUUCGAUAGGAACCAACCUCUCCCUCCAGUUGCUAUGAAGUGGUCCAUGUCCAAACACCGAUAUUUCCGCAAGAGGGCUGGCCAUGAGAGGAUACCUGCUCUGCCGGCCAGCAAUGACAACGAUAACCUCAAGUUCGACGAAGGAUCAGGUCAGAUGUUCACUGAAACCUUCGUCCGCGCGCAGAGCAGCGCAGAUAGAAACUGGAGCCGCCUUCUACGUCCCAGAAGCAUCAUCACAUCCGACGCGCAAAAUAACAAACGACGUAUCCGUGGCAGUCGGGCUUUACGAGACCUUGCGAUAGACAGCAUUGUCGAAAACCUAGGCGAUUUGACUUUCGAAUGGAUCCAAGAGCUACCAAAGCACUUGAAGUUACGCAUAUGGGCGCUGGCGAGGGAGAGAUAUACAGUUCCUUUGACAGUCUGGAGUAUGUUUUCAAGAGACCUUUCCAGAGAAGAUCGCAUUCCCCUAAGUCUUCUGAGAUAUCGUCAACAGAUUGAACUGCCUCCGUUGUCACUUGGGUCUUACUCGACCGCUAUCACAUCUCCUGGUUUUGACUUCCUCGCCACGCUGAGCAUCACCACGGCCUUCCCUGUUUCCGACCUUGUCACCCUUUCAAGCAUCACCAACUUGGCCGUUCUGGAGAUUAUUCAUACUACCGGUCAGGUCAUGGAAUCUCCAGUCUCUGAUCGGCUCCUACGAACCUGGCAGGAAGCAGCAAUCAACAAAGGUGCUUUCCCAGUCCUGCGGAUACUCAAGCUUUGGAAUCACAAUGAAUUGACAAGUAAUUCCAUCCUUUAUCUGAACAGCUUUCCUAUUCUCGCGCUGUGCGAUAUCAGAGGUUGUAACUUGGGCGCUGAUGCUAGAGCCAAAGCACAAUCACUAGGCUGGAAGACAUCUCUGGAUCCCAGCACUCUCGCUCUUUAUGAAGCUGCAUGUGUAGAGAGGGCCGUGCGCUUGCGUAUCAUCGCUGAUGGCCACAAUAUCGAACCCAUCCGAAGAGCUCCUUCACAGCAGCUAGACGAUAGCAAAACCAUCAGCCGCUUACCCCGCAAUGAAGUUGCAGCUUUCCUGACUAACCCAAGCCGAUCGCUUCGACAACCAAAGCCCAGCCGCGCUGCGCAACGGUGGUCAGAGAUCCAGAUGGCUAUCGAUUCUCUUGUUGAGCAUGUCGAAUCUCCUCCGGUGUCUGGGCCCUGGGAAUUUGGAGACUUCAAUCGGGACCAGAUGGCUAGGCGUAGACCGACAUAUGUCAAGCAAAAAUGGGACUUUGAUCUUUGUACCAUCUUCUCUCGAAUCGGUGAGUUGCGCAGCGACCGGGAUCUGUCGAGAGCUGGUCUGGACAUUGGCGAUCAAGCUGUAGCGGAUGACGAGCUUGUGAACUCCAUCCCGAUGGCGUCUCUGCGUCUCGGCCAUUCCCCAUCCUACCUCCUCUCCUCACGCAUGAACAACCAGAUCAAAUCCCUCUACGGAACGCCCAAAGUGGCGAGAAAGAAGCCCCAACCCGCCCCUGACAUCCAGGACAUCACCUUCAUCCGGAUCAAGGCUCCUCGGGCAGAAGACCAGCGCUCACCCACCGUAGAAGAUGAAGUCGUGGAAGAGCUCGACGAUAACGCCUUGAAGCGGAGCACUUCCGCAAUGUCUACCGUGAAGCAGCGCUCUACCAAGUUCCUUCAGAACAAGAAGAUGAAGCUAGGUGAUAUUCUGGGGUCUUUCAUCUGA